UUACUGGCCCUAGUGUCUACCUAAUCUCAAAGGUUAUUAGGUCAUAUUUGAAUGAAGCCAGGGCUAGUGUAGUGGUUUGAAGGGUUAGGACUUAACCUAUCCAUCUUUACAAGGUCAUCAUAAUAGAAGGCUGAGAAAGUGGGGGGGCUUCUUUCUGUCGGGAACUGCGGGUUUCCAGCGUAUGGCCUAUUACUUUCCAUAGCCAUGGUACCAUCAUCCCUUUUUCUUGGCAUGCCAGUCUAUUUGACUGUCCCAAAGUGCAGCAAGAAAGGGUCUGGUUCGCUUCUCACCGGCUCCAGCUUGAGACAAUGCCCCGCUUGGCAGGGAUAGGGGUCAGACUGUAGCUUCACUGUUUUCUGCCACAGUCUAUCACAGGUUUUUGGUUUUUUUGUUUUGUUUUUGUUUUUUUCCGGUAGAUGCACUUAGACUCCAAAGACCUACGUCCCAGGAUUCCACACGGCUGGCGGGCUGUUUAUUGCAGCCGUCCCAGCGUCCCGCCCCGAAGUUUGUCCAAUCAGGGGGGAGCACUCAGACGUGGGUUUGUUAUGACUUCCGGUUCACUGCCGGAAGUCGUGCGGUGGAGCGAAAUUUGAAGGAGUGGGAACCGCGGCCGGUUCGGCCACCCAACUGUGUCUGUUGCUGGCUGCUGGCUCUCUGUGCUGCUUGAGCCGAGCCAUCAUGCCUAUCCGCGCGCUGUGCACUAUCUGCUCCGAUUUCUUCGAUCACUCCCGUGACGUGGCUGCCAUCCACUGUGGCCACACUUUUCAUCUGCAAUGCCUAAUCCAGUGGUUUGAGACAGCACCAAGUCGGACCUGCCCCCAGUGUAGAAUCCAGGUUGGCAAAAAGACUAUCAUCAACAAGCUCUUUUUUGACCUUGCCCAGGAAGAGGAGAGUGUCUUGGAUGCAGAAUUCUUAAAGAAUGAACUGGACAGUGUCAAGGCCCAGCUCUCCCAAAAAGACAGGGAGAAACGGGACAGCCAGGCCAUUAUCGACACUCUACGGGACACAUUGGAGGAACGCAAUGCCACUGUGGAGUCCCUGCAGAACGCUUUAAACAAGGCAGAGAUGCUGUGUUCCACCCUGAAAAAACAGAUGAAAUUCCUGGAGCAGCAGCGGGAUGAGACCAAACACGCUCAGGAGGAGGCCCGCCAACUCAAGAGCAAGAUGAAAACCAUGGAGCAAAUUGAGCUCCUACUCCAGAGCCAGCGGUCUGAGGUGGAGGAGAUGAUCCGAGACAUGGGUGUGGGGCAGUCAGCAGUGGAGCAACUGGCUGUGUACUGCAUAUCCCUCAAGAAAGAGUAUGAGAAUCUGAAGGAAGCUCGGAAGGCCUCAGGGGAGCUGGCUGACAGGCUGAGGAAAGACUUGGCGUCUUCUAAGAGCAAGCUGAAGACUGUCAAUACUGAGCUGGACCAGGCCAAGUUAGAACUGAGGUCAGCCCAGAAGGACUUACAGAGCGCUGACAAGGAGAUCACGAGCCUAAGAAAGAAGCUAACGAUCCUGCAGGGGACCUUGAGCCUGCCUCCAGUGACCAGUGAGACUGUCAGCCGCCUGGUUUUUGAGAGCCCAGCCCCCGUGGAGAUGCUGAAGCCAAGGCUUCACCGACCACCCUUCAGUGAUGAGAUUGAUCUCAACGCUACCUUUGAUGUAAAUACCCCUCCUGCCCAGACCUCCAGCUCCCAGCAUUGCCACCCCAAGAAGCUCUGCGUGGAGAGGGCACGCUCUCCCAUGCAGGACAUCCUCAAGAUACCCAAAGUCUCCAAGUCGGAGUCCCAGCUCUCACUGGGUGGCCAGCGAUGUGUAGGAGAGCCAGAUGAGGAGCUGGCUGGUGCCUUCCCUCUCUUCAUCCGGAAUGCUGUCCGGGGUCAGAAACAGCCCAACAGGACCACAGCAGAAUCCCGUUGCAGCACAGAUGUGGUAAGAAUAGGCUUCGAUGGGCUUGGAGGACGAACAAAAUUCAUCCAACCUAUGGACACAACCAUUAUCCGACCAAUGCCUGUUAAGCCCAAGGCCAAGAGUAAACAGAAAGUGAGAAUAAAGACUGUGAACUCUGCUUCCCAGCCCAAGCUGGAUACCUUCUUAUGUCAGUGAAGUGACCAGAGUCAUGUCUUCAAUCAGUAGGCCAAGACCUGGCCAACCGGAAGAUGGCUCCUCUUGGAACAGUCUAAGAAAGAGGCCCAGAAAACAUACUUACUGUGUUCACUGCGCCCUGUACCACACUGGGAAGUGACGUGACCAGUUUACAGUUCCGAUCAGCAGGGCCUGCUUCUAGUUGCAGGGUUUUGCUUAUAGCUACAACUGGGUGUGGCUGGGCUCCUUCUGGUUUUAUAGAACAGGGUCACAUUGACUCUUAAGUGGACGGAAGUGCUGGAGGACUCCUAAGCAGGCCACCUCGAACUUCUGCCUGCCUCCAGUUUUAUUGCUUGAAAUGGGGGUGUUGGGGGGAUGAUAGGGAAAGGAUAGGGAAGGUUUCCAUGUAAAAUAAAAAGGCAUCUUUUCUUCUAGGC